AUGGCUUCAACUCCACAAGGUAACCCUAACUCUGAGUUUGAAGACAUCAUCAACCGUAUGAAUAACCUUAUGGAGGAACCUCACACAUACAGUUAUGAUGACAAUGAUGAUGCGCAAGAAACUUCAUUUGAUACUCAUAAAAACGUGCUCUUCAAGUUCAACUCUGGGAAAGAGGAUCAUCUAAACAUUCUAAACGAAGUCCUGUCAAAAGCUUGGAGACCCACAGGUGCAGUUUCGAUCACAGAUAUUGGAAGUGGAUACUACAAUGCAAAGUUUCAGUUUUUAUGCGACAUGGAAGCUGCUCUACAAGGCACUCCAUGGUCUGUAAAAGAAGACCUAAUGCUACUGGAAAGAUGUAAAGAAGAAUUUCUUAUAGAAGACUAUGAUUUAAAAUACGUUUACUUCUGGAUACAUAUUCAUGGAUUACCAUUAAGUAUGAUGAACAAAGAAAAAGUUUCCAAUAUCAUUAAGGAAAUUGGAAAUCCAGAUCCACUAGACUCUGAACUAGCAUCUAAAUGGGGUAAAUACACAAAAGGAAAGCAGGUGAUGUACCCUGAGCAAGGUAAGGAUGAUAGUCAUGUCAAUUAUAAGACAAAUAAAAAUGCUGCAGUUACAGAACUGUAUGCCACCAACACAAACACAACUGUAAAGCCUGACAACCACUCCCAGCUGCAGUCACACGAUCCAAGUAAAAUGGUUGAUCAGAAAAUUCUUAGCUGUGAGAUGCCAUCAAAGAAAAUUACAGACAGUGAAAGUACGAUAAAUACUGAAGGUAAUUUUGCUUCGAUGAAGUUGGCUAUAUUACCAGCUUCUGAAAAUGGUUCAAAGGCCAAGCUCAUAAUAAAUCCAAGAAGCCUAAUGUUAAAACCCGAUAACCCACAGUUGCAGACUAAUUCAACCCCUUACCUUUCAUCACACCCAAAUACCAAACCUAAUUCGAAUUUCAUUCAGCGAGGAGAAUUUUUGAAAUCAAGUGAGGCAGAUGAGUUCUCAUCUAUCUCAGUUUCUUCUACUGAUUCAACGAAGAAGAAGAAUAAGUGUUGGAAGAGAUCAACAAGGGUUAAUUCGAAAGGAAGCACUGAAAAGAAAGAUGAAGAGAUUUCAAUUGGGGUUAAAAGGCAUGCUUGUCCUAUGGAUAUUGAUGUUCCAAUCAAGAAGACUCAUUCAACAGUUAACUCUCAAAAGGGUGUGGUGGCUUCCCAAAAUCAGCCACAAGUUCAAUAUUUUGACAACUACAAUUUUGUUCCUGCAAUUGGUAGAAGUGGAGGUCUGGUUAUUCUGUGGAAUGAUUCUGUUAACCUAGAAAUUCUCAGUUCCAAUACAAAUGUUAUUCACUGUCGUAUUCAUAACCUAUUAGAGAGUGAUUGGGAUGUAUUCUGUGUCUAUGGCCCUCCUAGUAGUCAGAAAAGAAAUGAAUUUUGGCACAAUUUCUCCCUAUUCACUGCUCAGAUUCAGAAUCCUUGGUGUAUGGUGGGUGAUCUAAAUGGUAUCUGCUCCAGCUCAGAAAAGCAUGGUGGUAGUCAAAAGUUUAAUUCUGCUAACAAUGGUUUUAAGGAUUUCAUCCAAGAUAGAAGUUUGGUUGAUUUGGGUUAUAUUGGCCCAGCUUUUACUUGGUCGAAUGAAGCUACCUUAUCAGAGCCUAUAUAUGAGAGGCUAGACAGAGCUAUGUGCACUACAAAUUGGCUCCUCAUGUUCAAGGAUACUGGGGUUCUUCAUCUACCUAGAACUAGUAGUGACCAUUCCCCAAUUCUGGUGAAUAUUGUUGGCAAACUGGAUGCAGUUGGUAAAUCUUUAAACAAGUGGAGCAGGAAAUCCUUUGGGAACAUCUUCCAGGCCAUGGAACACGCUAAGGCUGAACUUCUCAACAUCCAAAAAGAAGCUCACUUGAGAGACAUCAGAUAG